ACUCGGCACUCGGGGACUCCGCGCGGCCGCGGCCGACACUCGCCCGCCGAUUCAUGGGCGAUACGUUUGCGAAAUAAUGCCAUUGAAUCGUCGCCGAAUUCGCCAGUGAACGCGGCGUGUUCGGAGAUGCCGCUCAAAUAAAUAGUGGUGCGGAGCAAUAAUAACAUCGCGCCCGACCCCGGAUCCCUACGACAAUGUGCAGAUGGAGAAUAGUGACUAUAAUUUACGUGGUCGCUGCAUUCAAAUUGACAAAUGGCAGGGAAAUAAACUCUGUGGACGUCGCUACGCUCGAUAACCAUGUAAGACCAAAUAACAGAUCACAACGCUUUUUGUUCGACGCAAUAUUUGGUUUGGAAGUGCCGAUCCUGGAUGAGCAGAGUGUAGAAGAUGAUGAGGAAGAUACACAGGUCAAGAACUGUUCUUGUGAGUGCGGCAGAGCAAACCCAAUUCCUAGAAAGAUGGAGUGCGGAGGGGCGAACCAGGAGAACCGCAUUGUGGGCGGUUUGCCGGCCAGCCUCAACCGGUACCCGUGGAUGGCGAGGAUCGUGUACGAUGGACAGUUCCAUUGCGGCGCGUCGCUGCUCACCAAGGAUUAUGUGCUUACUGCCGCGCAUUGUGUAAAAAAAUUGAAGAAGUCAAAAAUUCGAGUGAUCCUCGGCGACCACGAUCAGAGUAUAACUUCUGAGAGUCCAGCCAUUAUGCGAGCCGUAGUGCAGGUGGUCAGGCAUCGUGGUUUCGAUGCAGACACAUACAACAACGAUAUCGCUCUACUCAGGUUACGGAAGCCGGUGAACUUCUCGAGGAUCAUUAACCCAGUCUGUUUACCAUCAGCAGGCAUCGAUCCCGCGGGGAAGGAUGGCGUUGCGGUGGGCUGGGGACGUACUUCUGAAGGAGGGCAGCUGCCGGGAGUCGUACAAGAAGUACGAGUGCCAAUAUUGAAUUUAACGCAAUGUCGAAAAACGAAAUAUAGAGCCGCAAGAAUUACUAGUAAUAUGAUAUGUGCCGGGCGGGCGGGGACUGAUUCAUGCCAGGGAGACAGUGGCGGGCCAUUGCUAAUACAAAAUGGGGGCAAGUUCCAGAUCGUAGGCAUUGUAUCGUGGGGUGUUGGUUGCGGUCGGCCUGGGUACCCAGGAGUUUAUACUCGAGUACCGCGAUAUUUAAAGUGGAUCAAAGCUAACCUUAACAACAGCUGCCUGUGUGGAAAUUGAAAUACUCUUAAAUAACAUUAUGAAUUUAAUAAAUAUUUAUCAAAUAUUCAAAAUAAUUUACAUUAACAAAUUGCCAAAUCGAAACGUUUGUUAAACUCUAAUUAACAGAAAUGCAAGCCCUUUGGAGCAAUAAGUAUAACAAGAUGGCGUUAUUUACGUAUGCUCCUGAAGAUGAUUAAAUAUUAACAUAAACAUUUUAUAGAACAAUUGCCGUAGGUAGAUUCUUGCUUACUUUAUUGUCAGAAUACUAAUUUAUCUUACAUUAAAAAAUGCCAUCGAAUCACGUUGCUAGCAAUAGCAACAUGGAGUAUGUACCUAAAUAUCUUUCAAAUUAAGCAACGUUGAAUACAAAAUAGUUGUUGAAUAAAACCAUUAAUAUGGUUACUUUUCAAUAUACGUACAUGCUUUAUAUAGGCAAGUUUUAUUUUGUAUAUAUAGGCAUAAUGUUAUGUUUGUAUAGAAUAUCAUUAAUAUCAUAUAGUAAGUUUACACACCGAGUUAUCGAAUAAUUUAUUUGUAGUUUGUAAAUGUAAAAAUAGACGCGGAAUCUCAAUGGUGCCAAGUCAAAAUGUGUCAUAAAGUACCACGUACCACCAUGACUUUAAAACUUUUUGUAGGUACUAAUAUAGCGUCAUAGUAUACCUCUUUCAUUAGCUUUUCUGACAUAUAUUUGUCAUCUUUAUCGUUUACAAUAGUUUACUAAUACAUUGAUCUUUGUCUAACUGUAUUUACAAGUACAUAUCGUGAUAGGAAUCUAUAGUUUCUUGAGGACCUACCAUGAAAUAUUUUCCGAAAUUUCGGGGACGAACGAAAUAGAAAUUGGAUGUUAAAAUAACAUAAUACAUGGCGCUUAAAAUUAUUAAAAAUAUUAAGAUAUCGUUUCUGUGGACUAUUAGGAUAGGAUUUAUAAUGAACGAAACGUUAAGCUUCAUUUACUGGGUCGAUUUAGGUAGGAACAAAAGCACGAAAUUGAGCCCAAAAAUUUGGAAUUUCAUUUCAUGGUAGGCCUCCUGGUUUACUAGACGGUCUAGGUUAAAAUAUAAAAAUACUCAUUUUAUAUUUAGAUCUCCACAGACUGCUAUAGAAAACGGACAAUUGACCAUAAAGAACGAUAGUAUUCUUUUCUAAAAAGACGAUUCUUUUAAAUUAACUACCGCUAAUUUAAAAAACUGCAUAUCAGCUAAUCCUUUCUAAUGAAAAUCUAUUCGAUAAAAUACUAAAUGGCUUUGUAACAGAGUUUUUAAUACGUUUAUGUUAUUACUGAUAUAGCGAGUUGUAAAACAAUUCGCUAAUAGAAUAAGCAUAUUUUUUAACGUAUUGUUAAGUUCGUGUAUAAUUUUUAAAGAUUAAAUCAUCGAAUUAAAUUUUAGAAUCUAUGAGAAUAUAUAUGUAAAAAUUAAAUAAAUAUUGAUUCGUUUUAUAUAUGUAAUCUCUUGUACAUGAACCGAUUUUACAUUUAUGUACAUUUAUUAAUUAAUAAAUUUAAUUUAAAUAAUUUAACAUGUUUCAAAAUUUACAUUAUUUUAAUUUUCAUCAAAUAAGUCGUAUUGUUAAUAAUCACAGUAACAAUUAUUUAAUUAUGUAAAUAAGUAUCUACAUAAAUUGAUUACACUGUCUCAUUAAUAAUUUAUUUCAUUUAGUUAUCAUUUGAAGCAAUAUAUGGGCGGAACUUUUAAUCCACUACUACAAAAGAAUUGUGUUAAAAAUUGAGGUACCUUUAUGCUAAUUUUGUAACUGAAAUUAAUAACAUAUUUUUUAUCUUACAAUUGUUAUAAUUAUCCAUAUAACCUGUAUUGAUUAUUGACAAUAAUUUAAUACAGUUUUUAGACAAAAUUGAUUUUAUGAACAAAGUUUGUUCCAAGUACCCAAUAUGUAUAUUUUAAUAGUUUUUUUAUUGGUCAUGAAUUACUUUUUUUGUAGUUUACAAUCCUUCGCCUAUGUUGCUUUAAGAUUUCGAUUCAUUAAUAUAUUGAUAAGUAAGUUAGUACGUUACUUCGGUCAGGCCGGUGGUGCAGAUUACCAUUAGUAUUUAAGUAAUUUGUUGUCAACUACCUAAGUGUUCAAUAUGAUUUAUUUGUACAUAACAUUAUUAAUACAUAAAAUUAUUAAUAGUAACAUUAUUAAUAGUAGUAAUAAGUUUUUAUUAUCUAACAAAACCGUUAUACAGAAUUUAAAAAUUACAUUUUUCGUCCAAAAAUGCUUAAACAAAAUUUUGGUCUUUGCAAAAGUGCACUUUGAAAAUAAUUUCAGAUCUAAGAUCUAAUUAAAUUUAGUGCAAACAAUUUUUUCAUAUGGCAAUUCCUUCUUGUUUAAAAUAAAAAAAAAAAAAUAACAGUAUUAUGACUAGGCUGUAUGGGCCAUGUUCCUUGCCUGUCCAUUUUGGACGAAUUUUAAAACAAACAACAAUUAAUAGAAUUAUUUAUGGUAUUUACGAAAAAAUUUGCCGCGGAACCGCGUUUGUUAUCAAAAUAGCUUUUAACAUUCAGUUUUUUUUAUAUGUGUAAGUUGUCUGCCUCCUUUUAUAUCAGUUUAUCUGCUUACUUCCGUUGUUAUGUAAAAUGACACAGUAUAAAUGUUUACAAUAUAAACACGCUUAAAACUUAUAGCUUAAUUACUAUUUUAAUUUAAAAUCUAUUAACCUGAUAAAUUAAUAAUCUAUUGGGUUAAUAAUUAUUAUUUUUCUACGCUGAAAUAGUUACAUCCAAAGGCAGAUAUUGCACAACAUAUGAAUACCUACUUGUAUUUAUAAAAUGCAUGGGUAUUUCUGUACCUAUUGUUAACAUACUAAAACGAAUGUGUUUUAAAUUUUAAUAGUAUUAUUGAAUAUUUUUUAUUUAUGAUUAGAUUAGAUAUUUGGCAAUAUACUAAUUAUGAAUUAAUGUAGGUAGAAAUACUAUUAAAAUAUUAAAUUCAUAUUUCAAUAACUAUUAAGCGAUUGAAAGAUUUUGGCAGGCGGGACUUGAACCCAUACUUUCUAUGCCAUUCCAGGGCACAGUGCACUUGUCUUGUCUGCUUCACUGGCCAUCAGGUAAUUAUUGAAAUAUUAUUUUUAUAUUUUAAUUAUAUUUCUAAUUUAUUAUAGUUUUAAGAACAAAUCAACGCUCUUUAGGCUACAUCUGUGAUCGCUGUCACGAUAAAAUAUUACGCUAUUUGGCGGAAAUUUAUUGCUUUGUUAUUUAUUUGUAUACGUUGUUGUGUAAAAUUUAUAGCUAAUAGAUUUUAUUGCUAUCAUAAUUCAUUUACCUACUUAAGUAUAGAUGUUAAGGAAAUAUUUUUAUUAUUUUAUUGUUAUUUAAUUGUAUUGAUGAUUUUAUG